CCCUAGCUCCUCCCUGGCGCAUCCACCUCAUUUACCGCCCUCCAGCUUCGCCUUGCAGCCUGCCAUUGUGCUUCCUCACAAAACUUUAUAAUAUCGGUGACUACGACUGAACACGUUGCCGCUCUCGGCUCCCCAUGCCCUGCGUUUGCUCCACCUCAUCUUCCCUCAGAUACCUCCGCUCACGCUCACAGCAAUCGUUGUCCUGCAUCUCGCACAAGUCUCUGUCUCAUCCCGAGCUAGCGACCUCUCGCGUCUUCAGUUCAUUUCAACGACGGCCUCGUUCCCCUCGUUCUACGAACACCUCGCCCACCCGACCGUCUUUUCUUGAAAAAACUCUCGAUUGUCGCGUAUGGAGAUGCUAUUUCAAGUCAGCAGGCUAAAAGUUGCAGGAUAAUAGUCGCAGGCUGAAAGUUGCAGCUCUCCCUUCGCUAUUAUUGUUUCCCGCAUUCCUGCUCUUCCCAGCACUCCGCCGUGUCCGCCGCCGAGCAGCAGCACCGGAUCUUUCCCAUAGAACCUCCUACCUCGCUAUGCCCCCCGCGCUCAACCGCUCGUCGUCAGCGGCAGCGGCGGCAGCGCCGGCGAACGCGAAGAUGUAUUCAGCGCAGGGGCCGCACGUGGUGGGGCUGGAGGAGAUCGAGGCGCUCAAGGCGUCGGCCAACAACCUCUUCGUCGAGGGCAAGUUCGGCCAGGCCAUCAUCGGCUACAGCUACGCCAUCAAGCAGAUGGCGGGGCUCAUCGUGCCGUCGGCGCGCCGCGCCAGCACCAAUCUCGACAGCCCCUCGGCCGUCGCCAGCGCCGUGCGCGACGCCAAGCCCGACCCGCGCACCGCGCAGCUCGCCGCCAUUCUGUACAGCAAUCGCGCUGCGGCCUAUUUGAAGCUUGAAAAAUACGACAAGGCGGCGCUGGAUGCGGGAGCAGCGUCGGUGAUAGACGGCAGUAACUUCAAGGCGUGGCUGCGCAAGGCCAUGGCGCACAAGGAGGUGGGGCAGUGGUACGAGUGCCACAUGGCGUGCAAGGCCGCCACGCGCCUGGAACCGGGCAACGAGGACGCGAGGAGCCUGUUUGAGGAGUCGCAGUACAAGAUGGGGUCCGUGCCGCACGCGCCCGCCCCGCAGCCACAGCCCGUGCUGGAGUCACAGCCCUCAAAGAAGAAGUUUGGCUUGUUUGGGAGAAGAUGAGCCAGGGUGCAGGAGGGUGUGUUGGAGGGUGGGUUGCAGGCUUGAUGCCACGCACCCACACAAGGCCAUGAGCGCGCAACGGCCAAGGAGUGGGAAAGGUGAUUGGAAGGUGAUGAGUUGAGGGUGGUGGAGUGACAGGGACGGUGAGAGGGGGGAUGCAAAACAGCUGGGGGCAUGGAUGGGAGGUGAUGACACGGCUGGGGGCAUGGAUGGGAGGUGAUGACACUGCUGGGGGCAUGGAUGGGAGGUGAUGACACUGCUGGGGGCAUGGAUGGGAGGUGAUGACACUGCUGGGGGCAUGGAUGGGAGGUGAUGACACUGCUGGGGGCAUGGAUGGGAGGUGAUGACACGGCUGGGGGCAUGGAUGGGAGGUGAUGACACGGCUGGGGGCAUGGAUGGGAGGUGAUGACAUGGCUGGGGGCAUGGGAUGAUAGUCCUAAAGAGUGCAGCUAGGAUUGCUUUUUCUUAUCAAGGUUUUCUCCUACCAAGAGAAAGGCCAGCAAUGGCAGGAGAUAACUGUUAUUUCCCGGUCCAAAGGCCCUAGGACUUUAUGAAGCUGGGGCAUGGAGGUGGGAAGUAGAUACCCUUACCCGUGCACUCUCUUCUACCUGUACAAUUUCAGUUGUGCAAACUAGUUAGGUAAGGUAAUCUUUUCCCAGAAAAGCUAACCUUGUUGACUGUACACGUGGUGGAAGCUUCUAGAACGCCACAUGUUAUCCAGGGGGCAUGUGCGCCACGUCUUCUGACUGGAGGCGAGUCUGACUGGUGGCCUUGGCACGGCUCAUGGGGUGUGAGGCUGUGAGCAUAAGUCUGUUCCUUUGGCAGUUUUCUGUGAAAGCUAAAUAGACAUGGAUAUGCUUGGAGAGUUGACUUGGCAUGGCGCCACUACA